AUGUCUCUCUUCAGCCUGUUCAGCAAACCCAAGGUCGAGAAGUUGCGUGGGUAUGCCGAAGCCGGGUUGGAGACCCCACCACGUGCAUCAUCGCACAGCGUGGCACCGCCGACUAGGAAAGGUAGCAUUGGCAAUGGAGGGUUUGGACGAGGCCCAACGAGGCCAGCGACAUCAGCAUCACAGAUCACGAGAAAGCCAGUUCCUCCGCCGGUUCUACAAACACCCAACGAUGAUCGAACGUUUGAACCACUCCCCUGGUUCCAGGUACUGCCGCAAGCUAUCCAAUACGGCACUUUUGAAGCAUCAAUGAUCGCCCCGGACGUCGUGCUGCAGAAGAACCGCCAGCGUACGACUGGAAGCAUGCUCAACCCUGCUGGUCGUCGUGGUAGUGCGCAAGACAACGACCCAACCCCUCGGAGGAGCGGAGAUUCGAAAGCAGCGGCCAGGACAACCUUCAAGUCGGGCCCCGUCGCAAUGAAAAGUGAGGAUUCGUCGAAAGUCUCCAAUCAGGUCUUUGUCCUCACCACAUCUGGUUAUCUGCUACAAUACGCAGACACCGCAGCCAGCGACCGUCUGCCCGAGAGGAUCCUCAAACUUGACAAAGAUUCUGCCGCCUUUGCCUCUGACCUGAUACCAGGGCGACAUCAUGUACUCCAAGUGUCACAGGCUGUGGAUUCCCAGGGAGAGUUGAUAAACGACCGACAAUCUAUCUUCUCCAAGUUCUCUUUGCGCAGUCACGCUCCAAAACGAAUGGUUUCAAACUUCCUCAUUGUCAUGCCUGGCGCUCAGGAGUUGAGCCAAUGGUUGACGGCGAUCCGACAGGAGAUUCAGAAGCAGGGAGGAAAAGAGGCCCGUUCCGAUUCCCCUCCUCCACAGCGCCCGACUCCCGGCGAUCUUCCCAAGUUGGAUCUACGGAAGACUCCAAGCCAAAGUCAUCGCUAUCAAGUGAGAAGAGAUCCGACAAAAGUGCUCAGCGUCAUCUCUCCUCUUAGCGACACGUUUGCUUGGUUUCCAACUCCACUGGCGAGCCCGGCAGACGCGUCUUCAAGAAAGCUUUCGCCGUUUGCUGAAGAACCGCUAUCGAGAAGUGAAACAGACUCUGUGCAGACAAGGUCACGAGCACCGUCUGAAUCGCUGUCACUGGCCUCGUCGACAGGCCAGUCGGUCGAGCAUCACCAAUUGGAGACGCUUCGUGACAGCACGCGCAUAUCUCACACAUCCACUGCUGCGACGGUCUCGACGAUUCCAUCUCGCAGCAACUCCUUGACAUCCUCGCCGCCGCCUGAGCAGGCACGAGAGUUUAGCGAAGGCCACACGACACCUCAGUAUCGCAGUCUAUCUUCUUAUACCUUGGCGAAGCGACGUACGGCGGUUCCUAUCGCGCUCAAGUCCCCAACUCUCAGCGCCUCCGGAGAUCCACUGCCGCAACACUCGAGUGGCGUGGUCAGUCACUCGGCCGAAACACCAAGAGUGUCGCCGAAAUCCAAGCUCGCACCUCCAGCUCUCAAACGCCUAACAAUGGCGCACAGUGUCCCUAACCUUCGCAUCAAGCUGGAUAGACACGAUUCCAAAGUUGCAUCACCCGUUUCCCCAACCCGCGACAGACCGGACUCCUUCCUAGGUGCUCUCCCGGAUGCGAAUUCUUACAUGACCAGGACUUCGCCGAGCCACCACAGGACUUCCUUUGCACAAAACUCACCUGUCCGUGAGAUGCACGUCGCCACACAAGCAAGACCGAUUAGCAGGAGUUCGUCUCAUACAUAUGGCCUUCAAUUGCGUCAGCCCGCUUUGCGCACCACCUCCAUAGAGCUUCCUCGGCGGACGUCUGAAGAUGAAGAUGUUCUCUCCCCAAUCCCGGCAGUGCACACACUUAAUGCCAAGGUCGACAUUGCAGAGCGAACCUCGCUCGACGCGACACACAUUCCUCCAAGAGGCUCAAGCUUCGAAAACACCCGACGACUGUCUUUGUUCCCCACAACAGAAGCCGUCGCAAACCAACGUCGUCAACCCGACAUCACAAGCCCAACGCUCCGUCGACCCUUUAGCCUACAGGUCCGUACCGGCGACCAAGCAGCUUUCCUUUCAUCAUCCAGAACAUACCCACCCUCUCCUCGCACCAAUUCACAGCAGCGCUCCACCACGACCGUGCCCAUCAAGAGGCUAAAACCUAGUCGAUCAUUCCAGACAUUCCCAUCGGAUGCGCCAUCGAAGACCAAUCCCUACCGACAGAGUUCUUUAAUGUCCACCAAUGAAGGUGCACCAUACAGCSACCGUCGACCUUCCUUACCCGUCAUCUUCUCCGGCGCCCGCACACGCUCUUCCAUCAUCCCGGGAUACGGCAGCGUCCCACUCGGUCCUCCAGCUCCACCUCCUCGUGCUCCACUUCCAGAACUCCCACCUCCAGGAGCAAGAAGUCGAAGCAAGAGUCCCAUGCCAAUGACGGUUCGAGAGCGCCGCGUCGCAGCCGCCAUCGCUGCGGGCAAAUGCUGA